AUGCCUCGCAGCCAAACGCAACAGCGUAAUCCCAAGGACCGCUCAGCACAGAAACCACCUCAGAAGCGGAAGAAUGGACGGUCGCUCAAUGCGCUUUCCAUCGCCGAGAAGCAAAUUCCAACUAGAUUGGGCGUUCGACGCAGUCGUCUAGGAGCUUACGAUGAUGGCUCUAGCCGCAAAAGAAACACUGGCGGUGACGACGAGGACGAAGAGGAGGAGACCCCGCACUACAAGCGCCGCAGAACCGAAGAUACCGGAAGCCUUGACGGUGGCAGCGAUAGCGAGGGCCACGAGUGGACUCUCGGACAAGUGAACAGUGAUGACGACAGCGAACUCGACAGUGACGAAGCCCUCGGCGAAAGCGAUGAAGAACGAUUCGAGGGAUUCACCUUCCGUGCAUCAAAGUCCAAAAACCCACCUAAGAAAGCAGCAGCCAAGCCUAAGAAACCCGUCGAGAUCAACCUAGACGAAGAUGUUGAGGAGUCGGAAGAAUCUGACGGUGAAGACUACGACGAGGAUGAGGAUGACGAUCUGGGAGAGGAUGCCGUUGACCUCACUACUGCCUGGGAUAUGAAUGCAGCAGCCGAUGAGGAGGAGGCUAGGGAGGCGGCGAAGAAAUCUAAGCGAGCGGCCAGAGACGACAGUGACGAGGAUUCUGGGUCUGAGGCAGACAGUGAGAGCGAUGCCAGCGAGGAUGGUCUAUCAGCUUCGGACGACGAUGAUGAGGCAGAUCCGCACCAGCUCUCUAAACUACAAGACUUUGUUCAGUCUAUGGACACUGGAAAACCUACGAAGCGCACUCAGAAGUCGCAAGAACAAGCCAAGCCCUCCGAAUACGGCUUGACCUCCUCCAACAAAUUGACAGUCGCCGAUCUUCUGCCCUCAAUCACCGAUACUCGCCUCAAAAACUCCCUCAAGCACAUUGAUUCUGUUGUUCAGUCAUCCAAGGCUGGUAUUCCGGGCAAGCUCGAUGCUCCUCUGGCAAAGCGCCAGCAAGAUCGACUUGAUCGGACCGCUGCCUACGAAAAAAGCAAAGAAACCCUGAACCGAUGGCUGGAAACUGUUAAAGCCAACCGCCGAGCUGAGCAUCUCUCCUUCCCUCUCCGUGAUCCUGAUGCCGAGCAAAGUCACCGUUUGGAAGCUGCCAAGCCACAGACCGAUUUGGAAAGCGCGAUCCAGAACAUCUUGGUGGAGAGUGGAUUGGUCGAGGCUGAAGGCAAGAGUGCUGAGGACCAAAUCCAGGAGAUGGAAGAGCUCCAGGCCCGCAAUGUUCCUUUGGAAGAGAUUCAGGCUCGUCGGGCCGAGCUGCGCAAGCGACGUGACUUGCUUUUCCGCGAGGAAGUUCGUGCUAAGCGCAUCAAGAAGAUUAAGAGCAAGUCUUACCGCCGCGUCCACCGCAAAGAGCGUGAGAAGAUGGAGCAACAAGAGCGACAGGCACUCAUGGAGGCUGGAGUGGAUCCAGAUGAGAUGGACCAGGAGAAGAGUGAACGUCAGAGAGCCGAAGCCCGCAUGGGCUCCAAGCACCGUGAUAGCAAAUGGGCCAAGGGUCUGAAGCAGACUGGUCGCACUGCCUGGGAUGAAGAUGCCCGUAACAGCCAAGCUGACUUGGCUCAAAGAGAGGAUGAGCUUCGGAAGAGAAUCGAGGGUAAACGUGUCUCGACAGGAGAGGACGACUACCUCGGCUCUUCCAGCUCUGAAUCGGAAGACGAGGAUCCUUGGAAUGAGGAGGGGUCCGACGUCGAAAGACAAAAGAUCCAGAAGAAGCUCAGCGCCCUGGAGAGCAACGACAACUCCGGUGCUGUCAAGGGACCUCACGCCGACCUUUUCGAGAUGAAGUUCAUGAAAAACGCCGAUGCGGCCCGCAAAGAGCAGAACGAUGCGGAGCUCCGCAAGCUUAAUCGUGAACUCCACGGCGGGGAAUCUGAUUCUGAGGCAGAUUCGGAGGUUGGUCGACGAAAGUUCGGCCAGUCAGCGAAGCCCGAAACCAAGUCUCGUGCAAACCAAGUGCCCAAGAAUGAGUUCGAGGAAAAGUUGGAUUCCGAUGAUGAAGAUGCUCAGGUCCCCGGAUCAGAUGACGACAUGAACAUCGUUACCGAUCGGCCUGCUAAGCAGCAGUCUGGGGCUCGUGCCGACAAGCCCACCACACAGUCCCACAAAUCUUCCAAUCAACAGAAAGCAGCCGAAGAAGAGACACCUGUGGAGGAGGAGAACCCCUGGCUGGUUCAAACCGAACGUACCAACCGUCGCCGAACUGGCCCCGAUGCUCAAGAGAGCAUUGACAUCUCGCUUGAUGCUUCCCGGCCUGAAGUUACUCCGGCGAAGACCCAAAGCAAAAAGCAACAAAAGGCUAAGGCAGCACUUGCCAAGAAGCAGUUCGACGAAGAUGGUACCGACGAUGAGGACAAUGUCCCCGUCCUGCUCAAAAAUCACGAUCUUGUGAAGAGAGCAUUCGCCGGAGAUGAAGUCACUCAAGACUUCGACCAAGACAAAAUGGAUACCAUCGAAGAUGAGGGUGACCAGGUCAUCGACAACACGCUCCAGGGCUGGGGAAGCUGGGCUGGCGAGGGUGUCAGCAAGAAACAGCAGAAGAGACAAAAGCGAGACUUGACCACCGUCGCGGGUGUAAAGCCCCAGCAGCGCAAGGACGCCAAGCUCGACCGGGUCAUCAUCAACCAGAAGCGAAUUCAGAAGAACAAGAAAUACAUGGCCACUCAGCUGCCCCAUCAGUUCGAGAGCAAGCAACAGUACGAACGGUCUUUGCGCAUGCCUUUGGGCCCCGAGUGGUCUACCAAGGAGACUUUCCAGAGUGGCACCAAGCCUCGUGUGAUGGUCAAGCAGGGUAUCAUCAAGCCCAUGGAGAAGCCCAUGAUCUGA